GUUAAUAAACUUCAUGGAAGUUGACAGUUCAGAUGACCUACCCUCAGAAAAGGAGUGUCUUAAGCGCUGUGAACUGUUCUCACACCUCACCAACACUAACAACGCACUGGCCAUGAUGUUCCUCCAAAAAGCAUCUUGGGACGUCGAGGCAGCAGUACAACAGUUCUACGAGACCACGAACGAUUCUCCGGAGAGAAGCGGUUCCAAACACCAGUCUCCUUCUUUCGCUCCCAUUAUUGACCUGACCUUGGACAGCGAUGAGUCGGUAGUGCUAAAUGAGGGGAGUGACGCCGAGGAGGAAGUGGUGGACAAACAACACGCACACCUCUUUCGCCUCCUUUCCUGGAACAUUGACGGAUUAAGUGUACAGUCGCGCGACUUUCGAACACCUGCGGUGGUUACGCUCAUCAAAAGCGAGAAGUUCCACGUGGUUUGCCUGCAGGAGGUAGUAAAGGAAACUCUGGUAUACAUAACCGAACAAUUAACUUCGCUGUAUGAAGUCUUUCAUCCUCAGGACGUUCAAUGUCGGGACUACUUUCCCGUUAUCUGCAUCCUUAAGCACCCUAGUCUCUCAGUUCUCCCAAAUACUUUCCAGCUCGAGGUUGACGCUUUCUGGGACUGGCAACUAUUUGUAAAGGCCACUGAACAUGCGGUGACUCAUUUCCCUGGGUCGGUGAUGCAACGUAUUCUCCUGAGUUUGGACGUGGUUCUCGACGUGCCACGCCUUCUACGCACCAAUCCAAACGCCAAGUUUUGGAAGCGCAUACCACUGCGGGUUCGUUUGUGGACAUCGCACUUGGAGAGUUGCAAUCAGUUUGCUGAUGAGCGCAAGUGCCAACUCAAACGUGUUUGGGAGGACAUGCGGGCUGCAAUACAUCCUAUCUACAGUACCACUAAUGCUCCUCUCUGUGGCAUUUUUUGCGGCGACUUAAACAUUCGUGAUAAGGAGGUCAGAGAGCUGGGUGGACUACCGGAGGGGAUGGUAGACGUGUGGGAGGUGUGUGGAGCUCGACCUGAGGCCAAGGCGACCUGGGAUCCAGUGCGCAACCCAAAUCUUCAGCUGGACCAGAAGGAGUCGAGCGCUUCUCGCAGCCGUCCACCUGCCCACGGUUUGCGCUUCGAUCGAAUGCAUGUGCUAGGUCGUGGAUUGCACCCGGUAGAUUUUGAGCUGCGCGGUCUUGAACGAGUGCCGAGACAUUCCCAUUUCCCCUCCGAUCACUGGGCCAUUCUGGGGCACUUUGAUUUUGAUCCGCCCCCCACUUUCCAUUAA